AUGGCGGAAAAUGGUACUAAACCACUGGACAUCGAGAAGAAGAAGAGAAUCGCCAGAGCGUAUGAUGCUAUCACGAUAUACUUCUCAAAGAGGAAGAGGGAAAAGUACAAUAUACCACGGCCUAUAAAACUGCGAGUGGGUGAAUUGAGUUCGCGGAAAUUUUUCCAGUUGUUAACUGACCUUCAUCAUCAAUGUGAUUAUAGAGAUGGCCGCCUCAAGGAGUCAGAUCCUAUUAUCUCUGAAUCACAAUUGCAAAAGAAAUUAUGUACAUUGGAUAAGUCGACAUACAUGAAAUUGCUAAACGAUACCAUUAAAAGUUUCAAUGAGAGAGGUUUAUCAUACCUAGUCACAUCGCACAGAUCGACCGAAGAGAUACAACGGUUAUCUCAGCAAUACUGUAAAGUUUCAGUCAUGAACGAGAACUUGAAGCAAAAGAAGUUAGAAUUGGAAUUGGCAGUGAGAGAGAAAAGGAAUAAAAGUUUCAGCAUAAAUUAUUUGAAAAACUCCAUGUACAAGAGUGACACACUCAUUGCUAAGUUUGAAGCUCCAAAAGACGGUAUUCCUUAUGUUUUGAUUGUUCAGUUAACGGAAUGUUUAAGUUCUUUGACUGCCUAUGUGAGUAAUACAAAGAGGGAUUUUGAUGUGGAAGGUAUUUUUAAGACUAUAUUAUCGGUAAAUGAAGUAUUUCGAGAAAUAAAUCUUUUUAUGGAUGUUCCAAGAUACAAGAAACAGAUAUUCGUCCUACGAUUGGCAAUUUCUCAUAUGAUAACAUCAAUUAGAUUCUUUCUGCUUCAGCCUAAAGCUAUACCAAAAUUGGCUGUUAUUAGUUCAAUUUCGGAUAUCCAUUUCAAGUUAUGUGUGUUGGUAAACCAGGUUGGGAUGAAAAUAACCGAGACUGAUGAAUCUAUGGUUCAAAGGUCUGCUUUAGUAAAUGGAAAGAAGCGGGAAGUCGAUGCAGUACAAAAGGUUGAAACAAUGCUGGCGGACUCUGUUGCUUCUAAAAAACUUGAAGCCAAAACUGAAGUGAUACCUCAGAGUAACACUAAUGCUAAGGAUACUUCAGUCGAUUUUUCAGGUCCUUUAAUUAAUAAGAACUCUUUGCUGGACAAUAUACACAAGGAGAACCCUGGGAGAGAUGUUACUUUGAGUGCAGAAUCUGAACUUUACAAGGAAGUUAAUAAAAAGAAUAAUUACUCAGAAAAUGUAGAAUUACCCGUGAACAAUAGUAGCAAGAAAAUGGGAGAAGAUUGUUUAGUGAAAUCUCAUGAGGAUAUCGACGACUUAAAUGAUAAAUCAGGUUUGAUUGAGAGUACAACCUCAUCGGGUAGACUAGCUAAAAGUGUACAUUCGGGUAUGCAAACUGACUCAAAGCCAGUUGUACCAUCGUUCAAAAUUGAUACAGUCGAAGGAUACGAUAGCUCUGAAGAUUUAAAUGCAGAACCAGAUUUGAACGCAGAGCCAGAUUUGAACGCGGGACUGGAUCUGAAUAUAGAACCAGAUUUAAACGCUGGAAUUAAUUUAGAUGUAGAAUCAGAUUUGAGUAUUGAACCAGAUUUGAAUAUUGGACAGGAUUUGAAUUCAAAAAUGGUGAGUAAUAUGGAAACUGAGGUGGCGGAAGAUAAAGAUAAGAGAGAUGCUAGUAAGGGGAAAGCUAUUCAUAAACUGGAGACUGAGAUUGAUGAUAUGGGUGUUUCUUCUACAGACUCAGAAUCAGUUGAUUCACUCGAUCAGGAGAAUGGUAAUGUCCCACACAAUAGCCUAUACACUAAGAAUGAGGAUGAGAAAAAACAGAGGUUCAAGGAAAAGGUUAAAAAGUUUGGUACAACUGCAGGUUUGGGACUGCGAUUGAUCUCAGAAUCCAACAAUGAACCAACUACAAAACCAAAACUAACGAAUCAGGAAUUGGCAAAAAAUAUAAAAGGUUCUACAUUAGCACCUUCUGGGGGGCAAAAAAUGAGCUUAAAAUCGGAUUUAAGCUCUAGAAACUCGCUACAUCCAUUACUGAAGAAAUUUGUAGCUUAUGAGGAUGAGUUUUGGGAAUCAUCUCCUUUACUUCCUUUACAUAAUUUUGGGUCUGGUAGUGAAAAUAGAUUGAGCAGAAUAAAUGUCCAAUCUAUUGGUCAAUUAAUUAAUAUUCUUAACACAAUGUAUGAAAAAUUUGAUUUGAAGUAUCAGAAAUUGCUAGAGACACUAAAGAAUAAUAAAAGCACAAGAGGUUCUAUUAGAAGAGAGAGUAAUGCAAUUGCAGAAAUAGUAGCGCAACUUGCUGAUAAAGUGAUGCAGAUACUCACCAAAGAUGAAAAUACCGAAAUCCUCAAAAAAUUUAGUGGACACAUCGAGAGAUUGGAGUCAUAUAACAAUGGAUUGGCAUCUUUUGCAGGAUUGAAUGUGAAGGGAAAGAUAGAAAUUCAAUCAGAAGAUGCAGAGUAUGCUUCACACAGUUUUAAGCAAAGGAUCAGUGAAACCCUGUAUCGGAUAUCUACCACAUGUAAAGAUGUGAUUAAGGGUUUUCAAGAAUAUAAUGAUGGCGAUGAUUGA